AUGUGCAAUAAAGUUGCCUGCUUUCAUAAGAAAUUCAUUACAUUGCUAUUAUUUGUCUCCAGCGGAGGAGGAGGAGGAGGAGGGGAAGAGGAGGAGGAGGAGGAGGAGGAGGAGGAGGAGGAGGAGGAGGAGGAGGAGGAGGAGGAGGAGGAGGAGGAGAUUUUCUGUUAC